AUCAAAAGGAGUUGUUGAGGGCAGGAUCCAGAGAUGAUCAGAGCUCCACAGCCACUAUUCUGAGUGCCGGGAUGAUAUUGCUGAGCUGCCUCAUCAUUCAGCUAUUCUGGGCUUUCUGUGUCAAGGGACAAGGUAAGAGGCAUCACAACUGGUUAUGGAUUUUGUUUCUUUCGUCCUUAGAGGUAAUCUGCCAGCCACCAACAAUUAACAAUGGGAAAUUAAUUACUCUAAAGAGAGUUUUCAAGGAGCAUGAUCAGUUGCAGUUUACUUGUAAUAAAGGAUAUACAUUUGGUGAAAGAUCUGAUGCAGAAUGUACCGAAAAUGGAUGGCAUCCGAAUCCAUCUUGCAAAGAAAUUACAUGUGAUCCUCCAUCAGUGGCUAAUGGAACCUACCACCCUCCAAGGAAAGUGUUCAAAGAAGAGGAUAUAAUCAGAGUGAGCUGUAAGGCAGGAUUUCACUUUGAUACAAAUAAUAGGAACAAUAUUGCCGAAUGCACAAAGACUGGGUGGAUGCCUUUUCCAAGAUGUACCUUGAGACCCUGUGAGUACCCACAUAUAGAAAACGGAGCAUUAACUAGGACUUAUGAAUAUUACAGAGAACAAAUGUUUCCAGCAACGUUAGGUAGGACAAUUCACUACCAAUGUGAUCAAGGUUACACACCUAAAACCAACGAAAGAUACUCCAUAUGCACUAAAGAGGGCUGGAAUCCCAAGCCACAGUGUCUUAGUAAGUACAUAUACAUUUGUAUUUUCUCUAAAAAAUUUACUGUACUAUAAAUACUAAUAUUUAUA